AUGGAAGGUGUGUAUCCAAACUCACGCAUUCCAUUGUUAGAUUAUUAUUGUCAUUGUGUGGUAGUGGGCAAUCUCGAACAUUUUUGUUUCCAUCGUUGUUACUCCUUUUGUCUGUUUACUGCAUUACUGAACUCGUUCACGCUGCCCUGUUGGUGGCAGCGUUGUUAUUUGUAUUCCCUUGCUUCUGCCUUUGUCUUUGCCUUUUUUUUUCCAUUACCUGUUCCAUUUUCUGCCGUAUCCACAUGGUCCACUGAAGGGAAGAAUCAAAAAGAAGUAUGGAAAGGAAGAGGGAGGAAAACGGACUCAAAGCAGAACAAAAAGGAAAAAAAAGGAAAGAUGAAAAGGAGGAGGAGAAAAUAA